CGUACUUUGGGACUUAAGAUUGGUGAAAGAAAUUAGUUAAUGUACUAAGGAAUCUUAAUUUCAAACACAAUUCUAUACCUUUUAAAUGGUCUUUCUUGCUGACAUGCUACAGGUUGAGAAUUAAACAUUUCUCAACAAUUUCAACUCAGCCUGGAUAGAAGACACAUUUAAAGAGAUGUCUCUGGCACACUGGCAUUCAGCUAAUCAGACUUCACACGCAUCGAUCAAUAUUACAGAACAACUGAGAUCUAUCACUGACAACGAUAUUGUAGAUCAAGGAUGGACUGAAGACUCCUUUCCAGGAUUAGAAAUACUGUGCACAAUUUAUGUUACAUAUGCUGUAAUCAUUUCAGUGGGUCUCCUUGGAAAUGCUAUACUCAUCAAAGUCUUUUUCAAGAUUAAAUCAAUGCAGACGGUUCCAAACAUUUUCAUAACCAGCUUGGCUUUUGGAGACCUGCUUCUUUUGUUAACCUGUGUGCCAGUAGAUGCAACACGCUAUAUUGUGGAUACCUGGCUCUUUGGAAGAAUUGGCUGCAAGCUGUUAUCUUUUAUCCAGUUAACUUCAGUUGGAGUAUCAGUGUUCACUUUAACUGUUCUCAGUGCUGACAGGUACAGAGCUAUUGUUAAGCCCUUGGAACUGCAAACAUCAGAUGCAGUUUUGAAGACCUGCUGUAAAGCUGGCUGUGUUUGGAUUGUCUCCAUGAUAUUAGCAAUCCCAGAAGCUGUAUUUUCGGAUUUAUAUUCAUUCAGCAAUCCUGAAAAAAAUGUGUCUUUUGAAGCAUGUGCCCCUUAUCCUGUAUCUGAGAAGAUUCUGCAAGAAGCUCACUCUCUGGUUUGCUUUUUGGUGUUCUAUAUUAUACCGCUAGUUGUCAUUUCUGUCUAUUAUUUUCUUAUUGCCAAAACAUUGUACAAAAGUACAUUCAACAUGCCAGCUGAAGAACAUGGCCAUGCCCGUAAACAGAUUGAAUCCCGCAAGAGAGUGGCAAAAACAGUGCUGGUGCUAGUUGGUUUGUUUGCCCUCUGCUGGCUGCCUAACCACAUUCUCUAUUUGUAUCGAUCUUUCACCUACCACUCUUCCGUAGAUGCCUCUGCCUUUCAUCUUAUAGUCACUAUUUUCUCCCGGGCUUUGGCCUUCAGCAAUUCCUGUGUCAAUCCCUUUGCUCUUUAUUGGCUAAGUAAAAGUUUCCGGCAACAUUUUAAAAAGCAAAUCUUGUGUUGCAAGGCGAGGCUUCCCACACGGCCUCCCAGCAACACACCUACCAGAGCUUUGUCAGCCACAGGCAGCACAAAUGGCUCAGAAAUCAGUGUUACUUUGCUAACAGAUUAUAGUAUCACAAAAGAAGAGGAGAGCGUUUAGUUCUUCGAUCAUGGAGAAGUACCAACAUCAUACAUUUCCCAAGAUUCUAGUGCACCGGGACCCUGCUAGGAGCUGCAAGUAAACAAAAGAAUGCACCCUUUAUACAGUCUGUGAAAGCAUCUUCAGCAUGACUUCUUAACAUCUUCAAUUAUACAAUGGAGAAAUCACACCAGUGUGUGUGGGGAAAAGAAGAAACACAACUGAUGUAAGCUCAGUCAAGAGAAUAGUGCCUAUUCCCCGGGAAUGCUAUGCAUCCUUUCCAUAUGCCUGAGGUUUCUGCGCCAAGCUGACAAAGUUAAGCUCAGUUAAACUCACUUGAGCUGCAGGAAUAUUUUUGUACUGGUUCUGUGUUCAGAAAAUUACAAUUGUUGUUAUACUCUUGGCCAGAGAGUAGUGACAAUCAGCGCUGCCUUUUGUUGAACACUUAUGUUGUCUUUGAUGUUUUUCAAAAUGGAAGCAGCUCUCCAUAGAAUGACAAACCACAGAGGUUUCUUAUUUUGUCACUUUCCUUGCACCAAAUAUUGAACAAUGGUCAAAACUUUGGAGUGAAAGUUUAGGGGGAGGUUGUUUAAUUUCAGUUUAUGAAAAAAAAUAAACUACGCUGAAAGCGAUAGCACGAUGAGACAGCGCUAAACCCUGGUCUACACAACAAACAUAUGUCAGUAUAACUGCAUUGCUCAGGGGGGUGGAAAAUCCACAUCUGGCACUCAAAUCUGUUAAAUGGGGAUAAUCAGACUUACCCACCUUUGUAAAGUACUUUGAGCUCUAUAGAUAAAAAAGUCCUAUAAAAGGACUAAGUGUUAUUAUUUAGUAUUUGAUUUUUCCUCCCUUGAUCAAUAUAUCUAUCCUAUCAACUCAAUAGUCAGUAAGAGCUAGAAUAGGUGCUGGGAGUUAGCUUGCUUUAUAGCAGUAGCUUUCAAACUUUUUUUUCUGGAGACCCAGUUGAAGAAAAUUGUUGAUGCUUGUGACCCAACAGAGCUGGGGAUGAGGGAUU